GCGGUAGGGCGCGCGCGCGCUCCACGCGGAGAACUCCAGGCUUGCCUGAGAGGGUCUUCUUUGGACAGAGAGAGACUGAGUUAAGGGAAGUUUCUGGGCGAGAGAUGAGGCUUAUGCCACCAAAGCUACAGGGUUGGCUACCAAAUGGCUCUCUUGAAUAGACGAGUUGGUUUAUCCUUAACCCAUCUAAGCAGUGCUGUGAUCCAGCGACAGUUCAGCAUCACUGGAGCAUGCCGAGCAAUACAGAAACUAACCCGUGUGCGAGUGGUGGACAACAGCGCCUUGGGGAACACGCCUUACCACCGGCCACCAAAGUGUAUCCACGUGUAUAACAAGACUGGAGUUGGCAAAGUUGGAGAUAAGAUCCUUCUGGCUAUCAAAGGAGAAAAGAAGAAGGCUUUAAUUGUAGGGCACAAGAUGCCUGGCCCCACCAUGACGCCUAGAUUUGAUUCCAACAAUGUGGUACUCAUAGAAGAUAAUGGGAACCCAAUAGGCACUAGAAUAAGAACACCAAUACCCUAUACACUGCGAAGAAGAGAAGGCGAGUUCUCCAAAGUAUUGGCCAUUGCCCGCAACUUUGUAUGAAUGCUGAGAGGUCUUCAGCAAUCCUCUCAUAUUCUUUCAUGCAGUAGCUCUUCUAGGUCCUUUUCCAGAAACUGGUGAAACAUGAAAAAGCUGAUGUUCAUCAAGAAUAUCUCCUCCCUUUUAAGAAUUUCAAGCAACAAAUUUAAAUAUUGAAAUAGUUUCUUUUUCUCCAAAAGAAGGUUGAUUUAUUUCACAGAACACAUGCGGUAUGUUUGGGAAACGGUCCUUCAGCCUUAUUCCUCCUGUGGUGUUAAUCUGGUCUGUUAUCAUUAAAAUGAGACCAUGAAAAUCC